AUAAUUUUCUGUUUAAAAAAAAAAAAAAAAAAAGAAUAAUUUUCUCUCAAUCUCAUCCCAGAAACACCAGUCGAAAGAGUAAGUCGCGCAAAAAUGCCGGGGUUUCACGCGCCGUCCGAUUACUCCAAUGAACCAUCUCGUCAUCCUUCUCUUAAAAUCAAUUCCAAGGAGCCUUUUAAUGCUGAACCGCAUCGAUCAGGCCUCAUAUCCUCCUAUGUGACUCCAGUGGAUUUGUUCUACAAAAGAAAUCAUGGACCUAUACCUAUUAUUGAUGACAUCGAAAGGUAUCGACUUUCUGUUAUGGGCUUGAUCAGCGUCCAAAGGGAGCUCUCCAUGAGAGAUAUCCGGGACCUGCCCAAGUAUACUGUAACAGCUACAUUACAGUGUGCAGGAAACCGCAGAACAGCUAUGAGCAAAACGAAAAAAGUGAGAGGAGUUGGAUGGGGCAUUGCUGCCCUAGGAAAUGCUGUAUGGGGUGGAGCUAAACUAGCAGAUGUGCUUGAACUUCUUGGUGUUCCUAAGCUAGCGAGUUCCACAGCAAGUGGGGGAAAACAUGUUGAAUUUGUCAGUGUUGACAGGUGCAAGGAAGAGAAUGGCGGUCCUUAUAAGGCAUCAAUUCCGUUGAGCCAGGCAACUAACCCUGAGGCCGAUGUAUUACUUGCCUAUGAAAUGAAUGGAGAGCCUCUUAACAGGGAUCAUGGUUAUCCAUUACGUGUAAUUGUCCCGGGUGUUAUUGGUGCUCGUUCAGUUAAAUGGCUGGAUUCUGUCAAUGUGAUUGCUGAAGAAUCUCAGGGUUUCUUUACGCAAAGGGAUUAUAAAAUGUUCCCUCCUACAGUUGAUUGGGAUAAUAUAAAUUGGUCAACGAGGAGGCCUCAAAUGGAUUUUCCAGUUCAGUCUGCCAUCUGUUCCUUAGAAGACUCUAAUGUUCUGAAGGAUGGCAAGGUAACAGUCAAAGGAUAUGCACUAUCUGGUGGAGGUCGUGGGAUUGAAAGAGUAGAUAUAUCCAUAGAUGGAGGUAAAACAUGGGUGGAAGCCUCCAGAUACCAGAAACCAGGCGUGCAGUAUGUUGCAGAUAGUUUCAACUGUGACAAGUGGGCGUGGGUAUUCUUUGAGGCCGAAGUUGAGGUACAGCAUAGAGCUGAGAUAGUUGCAAAAGCGGUGGAUAUUGCUGCAAAUGUGCAGCCCGAAAGUGUAGAAAGUAUCUGGAAUCUGAGAGGAAUUUUGAACACAUCAUGGCAUAGGGUUGAUGUUAGAAUUGGUCACUCAAGUAUGUGAUAUCUCAAAGUCUACCUUAUUGUAUUUGCGUUGACAAAAUUUUAACCAUAUGUGGCAAGACUUGCAAUUCUAUUUCUGGACUUGGUGAAUAACCUAUAAGCUACUAUGUAUGGUUAUUGUAUGUACUGUAUCAGAGCUAGAUUUUAUGUUUUAUGCGUGUAAUGUUACUCAUUAACUGCACAAGGCUAGUCUCUGGUGAGGCUCUUUUUUCGUGGUUUGAAGCUCUUUUAAUCAAUCGUUUGAUUCGUUUC